UUAUAAAGCACUAUUGCCAGAUCUGAUUGCUUUGCAUGUGGUCGAUGUGAUUGGAGUUCACGAGAAACAGCAAGAAGGUUUAACCCUUUGACCGAUGUGACUGGAGUUUACGGGCAGCUUAUAAGGAGAAGGAAUACUAUGGGAAGCAUUUCAAAGGACUAAUCAUUUAUAAAGGCUGUACCAAUGAUGGAAAUGGCACCAGGUCUUGUAUUAGACAGUGCAGAUUCUUCAGACCCUGAGAUUGCAGGAAAACAUAUGUACUCUGAUGAAUCUUACAGCAUGAAAGUCGUGAAUUUGGCCAAUGUAAUGUCAAAUGAGCAUGACAAUUGCAAGCAAUUUUUCAAUACAAAGAUGCCAGAACUGGUCUCUGGGACUACAAAAGAGAAAUCGCAGUAUAAUGUUCUAGGCAUUGGGAGUGGACCUGGUGAAAUGGAUUUAUACAUACUUUCAGCAAUACAAAAAUUCAGGCCUGACCUCAAGAUCAGCAGUGAAACCAUUGAACCAAACCAUACGCAAAUAGAGCUUUACAAAGCCAAUCUAUUCAAGAUACCAGACCUGAGGGGUGUAACUUUUACUUGGCAUGAAAAGACCACAGCUCAGUACAGACAAGACGGCAAGCAAAAUAAAGAGUUUAAGAAGUUUGAUCUCAUUCAUAUGAUUCAGAUGGUAUACUAUACAACUCCAAUAAAAGAAACCUUGGAGUUUUUCAUAUCCUGUCUGUCCCCAGAAGGAAAACUUAUCAUCACCAUCAUAACAGGGGACAGCGGAUGGAAUAAGUUGUACAAGAGACACAAAUGGCUUUCACAGGAAGAUUAUUGCAUGGAUUUGUGCUCGGAGGACAUCACCGCUAUCCUUGAUACCAUCCCCGUGAGAUACGAGACCCAUGACAUCGACUCGUACUUCGACAUCACCGAGUGCUUUGUAGAGGGCAGUGACGUUGGCGGGAUGUUGCUCGAUGCGGUCACAGAGAAAUUACACUUUGCGGAAACGGCACCCGCUGACAUCAAAGCGAAAAUCAUGGAGGACCUGCAAAGCCCAGAAUUUAGUGUCCGGAGAGAUGGGAAGAUCUUGUUAGAUACAAGGGUGAAAGCAAUUGUGGUUGGGUAGAAAAAAGUUUGGGGCAGAUCCACAGAGAUCUGCACCCGCGCAGCGUAUCAGAGAUACGCUACGUCGCCGUACCUUACCUGGC